CGCGGACGUCGACACCCGGACAAAAACGUUUUCCCUGACACCGCCUCUCACAACAUCCGCCCGGCAAGCGACGGGAAGACGGGUCGCACGGAACCGCGGAGCUAUUCUGUCAGCGAAAGGAACCAUCCAGCUCGAGCUGCGACGACGAAUUUCGACGGUAUCACCGCCAGAAUCUGUUUUUACAUAACCAGCUUUUUCCUGGUACUCGCGGCAGCAGCAUCCAACCACCGUGUCGUGUGGUCGUCAGCGGGCAGCAAACUAAUCAAAGUACAGGCCAGUUCAUUUCCUGUAUUUCAGUUAUACACGGGUAUUUAACAGGGGAAAAAUCGUAUUAGUACGUGUGCGCGUUCAUUUCUGCGGUUUUUCCUUGCGCCAUUCAGAACAACAAGUUAUACAACUAGCCCAGUUUUCACUGCGCCUCGGCGACGCGCAGGUCCUAGAGCCCGCCCUCCCGCGUCGCGCUCUCCUCUCUCUGAGGCCAGAUGGUUCCGCAGCAAUCCGCCUCCAAGUUCUUCGACAUUAUGGAAAAGGUUCUGUUAGAACAAGGCUAAUCUGAGAGAGAAGCGACCCGCAUCAUUGAAAACACAAAGGAGAGAUUUGCACACGAGGACUUUUUUUUUUUGAUUCAAAACACUUGGAUUCCCACGUUUUUGUUGUUGUUGUUGUUGUUUUGGAGUCGGGUUUGAAGAGGAGCGAUCGGAAUUUAAAAAAAAAAUUAAAAAAAAGGACUCAUUCAAAAAAGGCUCGUCCAGUCGAGUAAUGGUCAUUAAUACGAUCCACUGGUUCAGGAAGGGCUUGCGGCUCCACGACAACCCGGCGCUCAAGGAAUCUGUGCAGGGAGCGGAUUCCGUCCGCUGCAUCUACAUCCUCGACCCCUGGUUCGCCGGAUCGUCCAACGUCGGGAUCAACCGGUGGAGGUUCCUACUGCAGAGUCUCGAGGACUUGGACUCCAGCCUCCGCAAGCACAACUCCCGUCUGUUCGUCAUCCGAGGCCAACCCACCGAUGUAUUCCCCAGACUUUUCAAGGAGUGGAACAUCAAUCGUCUGUCUUAUGAGUACGACUCCGAGCCCUUUGGGAAAGAGCGAGAUGCAGCCAUCAAGAAGCUGGCCUCUGAGGCCGGAGUGGAGGUGACGGUUCGCACCUCCCACACGCUCUAUGACCUGGACAAGAUCAUAGAGUUGAAUGGGGGUCAGUCCCCUCUCACCUACAAGAGGUUCCAGACCCUCAUCAGUCGCAUGGACCCGGUGGAGUUGCCUGCCGAAUCCAUCACGGCUGAGAUCAUGGGAAAGUGCACUACGCCGCUGUCCGACGACCACGACGACAAGUUUGGGGUCCCGUCCCUGGAGGAGCUUGGAUUUGACACUGAGGGUCUGUCCUCAGCUGUGUGGCCGGGGGGAGAGACGGAAGCCCUCACGCGACUUGAGAGGCAUCUGGAGAGGAAGGCGUGGGUCGCCAACUUUGAGCGUCCCAGAAUGAACGCCAACUCGCUGCUCGCCAGCCCGACGGGCCUCAGCCCGUACCUGCGCUUCGGCUGCCUCUCCUGCCGCCUCUUCUACUUCAAGCUCACCGACCUCUACAAAAAGGUGAAGAAGAACAGCUCCCCCCCUCUCUCACUCUACGGGCAGCUGCUGUGGCGCGAGUUCUUCUACACGGCGGCCACCAACAACCCGUGUUUCGACAAGAUGGAGAGCAACCCCAUCUGCGUUCAGAUCCCCUGGGACCGCAACCCCGAGGCGCUGGCCAAGUGGGCGGAGGGCCACACAGGCUUCCCGUGGAUCGACGCCAUCAUGACGCAGCUGAGGACGGAGGGCUGGAUCCACCACCUGGCCCGGCACGCCGUGGCCUGCUUCCUGACCAGAGGGGACCUGUGGAUCAGCUGGGAGGAGGGCAUGAAGGUGUUUGAGGAGCUGCUGCUGGACGCCGACUGGAGCGUGAACGCCGGCAGCUGGAUGUGGCUCUCCUGCAGCUCCUUCUUCCAGCAGUUCUUCCACUGCUACUGUCCCGUGGGUUUCGGCCGACGCACGGACCCCAACGGAGAUUACAUCCGACGCUACCUGCCCAUUCUGAGGGGGUUUCCAGCCAAGUAUAUCUAUGACCCCUGGAACGCUCCGGAGAGUGUACAGAAAGCCGCCAAAUGUGUCAUCGGAGUCCACUACCCGAAGCCCAUGGUGAACCAUGCAGAGUCGAGCCGCCUCAACAUCGAGCGGAUGAAACAGAUCUACCAGCAGCUCUCCUGUUACAGGGGCCUCGGCCUUUUGGCAACAGUUCCCUCAAACUCCAACGGCAACGGUGCCGGCGAAGCGUCGUCAGACGGGAUGGGAUUCAACGCCGAGGCUACGCGUGAUUCUGCAGCUGCGUCCAGCUAUCAGAUGCCAGUUCACUCCCAGGGAGACUGGCAGAGCGGGGUCAUGAUGUACCUGCAGGGGGAUCAGCAAAGCAGCCUGGGUACACAUCAGCAGGGUUAUGCAGGCACCAGCUCCAGCAUGAUGUGCUACUCUCAAGGCUCCCAGCAGAUGCCCAGAUUCCCUGAACACCACUCCACCACUCCGGGCAAACGCCACAACGAGGACUCUGGAAACGGCAAAAGCUCAAAAGUCCAGAGACAGAGCGCGCACUAGAAAAAGGAUCGUCUGCAGGCGUACGGCGAGUUUACAGCCGACACAAAGCGGACGCUAAAAGACUUUCAUUUCAGUUGCACGAUCACCGGAGGAGCACAUUCACGAGUUUAUAAAAAGUUACUCAAGUAACAAAGACUGUACAUUGUCAUUUGGACUUUGCGGCCUGGCCAGUGUUAUACGUCGCUGGACGAGGCCGUGACCCUGCGCUGCGUCUUGGGGUUUAAUAUUAUUGGGACGAACGUUCCUUCUGUACAUAGUGAAUUUGCUAAUUUCCUCUCACAUACAACUUGUAAAUAUUUGGAUAUUGUAUGUGUUUUUCUCUCUUUGUGUAGACCCCGCACCCUCCUCCCACCCCAUAGACCCACUGAUAUAUUUUUGAUAUGAGAAAAUAAUUAUUGAUUAUGGAUCUUUCUUUUUGGAAAAAAAAGUCAAUAAAAAUUGAAGCAUUUAUUCCAUUCCUGAAACAAAAAGAUGAGAAAUCUUGUUUCUCUGCUAAAUGCUGUCGUCAUUUAUUCUACUACUGGCCGAUGUUUCUAUCAGCAGAAGUGUUUUGAUCAGUUCCUUUCUGUAUCCGAGUACUAGGCGGCUCAUUUUUACUCCAUACCACUGUAGAGGACAAGAUCUGUAUGACAUUAACUAUCGACUUAUUGCCCUUGUCGGUUUUUUUUUUUUUGAAAAAAAUGUUAGGAACAAGGAAUAAGUCUUCAUAUCAUGGUGGAAUUCUCAAUAAAUGUACCACUGUGCUCAAUUCAUUAAAACUGGGUUGAAUAUA